AUGAAAUUUGAUUGUUUAGGUCAAAGUGUUUGCGAAAAUGAUGGACAAUGUUUUCAAGACACUCUAGAUUGUCCACAAAGAUCUAUGUGUAUUUGUUCAGCAUGUUUUUAUGGAACACGAUGUCAAUUUAGUUCAAAUGGAUUUGGCUUGAUCAAUAGAAUUUUAGCUUUGAUUACAUUUAAGAAUAAAAUGAUAUCUGAAAUACUUAUUCUUACACAAAUGGCCAUUAUAUCUAAUAAAUUAUUUUUACAAAUUCAAUGUAUAUCGCUCGAUUGUAUUUUACAAGUUUGUCUUAAUAUGGAUCAAUGGUUAAAUGCAUUUGUUGCUAUUGAACGAACAGUGAUAAUAAUACAGGGUGUUCAUUUUCAUAAGAAAAAAAGUAAACAAAUAGCAAAAAAAGUUAUUGUUAUUCUUCUGAUUAUCAUUAUUGGUACUUCUAUUUAUGAUCCUUUUUAUCGACGUUUAAUUGAUGAAGAAAAUGAAGAUGAUAAAUGA